GAGGAGUCGCUGCGCCAAUUUUCCGAUUGCCGCAUUGGUUAGAGGACUCGUCAGACAACCGGUUUUCGCUGACAGUGUCUGGAGCAGUAGGAGACUGUCGUAAACGCAGCUAACUCUUCGCAAUCGCCAAGCGAGAAGGCUGGAACCAAAAACAAAAGUUGCUACAAUAUUUAGGUGUUUUAGAUAUCAUUUCUACAAACGUUGGGGAUACCGCGGCAGGGACGAUCUGAAGCCCUCGCUGCCACAGCCUGAGGUGUGCCAUACUGCAACGCUCGAUCGCCGCAGGUUUGAUUUUAAGGCAUCCAACGCAAGAUGCGUGUGGCCGUUAUCGGUGCGGGUUGCUGCGGCAUCACUGCCGUCAAAGCCUGUCUCGAAGAAAGCCUUGACGUCGUCUGCUUCGAGAGGGCUGCCGAUUCCGGCGGCCUAUGGUGGUACCGAGAGGAUGCGGCCGCGGGCACCGGCACUGUGAUGCGCUUCACCGUGGCCAACACCAGCAAGGAAAUGUCUUGCUACAGCGACUUUCCGCCUCCCAAAGAGGCUCCCAUCUUCAUGAAUCACAAGCAGACCUUGCGGUACAUACGAAGUUACGCCGAACAUUUUGAUGUGCCGUAUCGAAUCCGAUACCGGCACGAAGUUCUUCGUUUGGACAAGGAUGGAACCUUGAAGGUUCGGGACUUGGAAACGGGCAAGGAAUUUGAAGAGAACUUUGAUCGCGUCCUGGUAUGCACGGGUCAUCACGCCACGCCGCUAAUGCCAGAUGUCCCUGGCAUGGACAAGUACAAAGGACGGAUACUGCACUCCCAUCAGUACAAGUAUGCAGAUGAAGGGCUGCGAGGGAAGAAGGCCGUGGUGGUCGGGAUGGCUAACUCGGCUGUGGAUGUCGCCGUCAAUCUGACCUCUGUAGCAGAACAGGUCUUCCUCAGCACCAGGAGAAUCAACUGGAUUCUGCCGAUGCAUUACAAGGGCAUUCCGCUGGACGUGUACCUGUUCAACCAAAUGCGCCUAUGGUUGUACAGCUGGCUGCCAAAGUCCUACUUCGCUCGUUUAAUGAUACGCUGUUCCAACGAAUCCUGGGACCACAAGAUCUUCAACCUCGAUAUCAAACAUAACGUUCUGUCUCAGGGGGCAGUGAUUAACGCUUUUGUGGACGGCAAGCUCCUUGACGGAAGCGUUAAAGUCCGGGGCCCCCCUGAGCGCUUUACCGAGAAGGGCGUAGUCAUGGAUGGCGCCGAAGAAGUGGUAGAUCUGGUGGUCUUCGCAACUGGCUACAAGUCGGAUGUCCCAUUCGCGUCGGAUGCACUUCCACGCAAUGGCGAUUACUUUCCCCUGUACAAGAUGAUGAUUCCGCCAGAAAAUCCGAACAUCGUGUUCCUUGGUUUCAUAGACGCCGGUGCCAACUUGCUCCAAGCGUUCGAGAUGCAGGCACGUUACGCGGUACAGGUCUUCUGCGGAAAAGUGACCCUGCCGUCGGUAGAUGCAAUGAAGGCUGACAUCGAGGCGGUUCAGAAGGCGAUGAAGGCCUUUUACGUAGCUACUCCUCGGCACGCACUGAUGGUCGACAGGGUUGCGUACGUGGAGGAGUUGGCUCGAGCCAUUGGAGUUAAGCCUAACUACUGGAAGAUGUUCUUCUAUGAUCCGAAGCUUUACUGGAAGCUUAUGUUGAGCCCCGUGCUUAACUACCAGUACCGACUGGAAGGUCCGCACUCGUGGAAAGGAGCUAGGGACGCCAUUUUGCGUUUUGAUGAAAGAAUGCAGGCCCCCUUUGGUGACCCCGUCAAGAAAACGGAGAAUGGUACUAGCAUCGGAACUUGGGCCAUGGCACUCGCUGUUCUUGCAAGCUGCGCAUGCAUCAAGACGGAAUUCGGGAAGGAUAUAUGGGCCAAUGUGGUCGAGUAUGGUCGUCGAUUUUCGAACUUGACGGCCUUCAGUGCUUCAUUUAAGACGCCAUGGUAGGCGGCAUCAAGCAGAGUGUCCAGCAGUUUUACGACCUGCACCGAGGCUGUCGCUGAAUUUGGUCCGACGAAAGCUAUCGAAUUCUUCUUCAUUGAAUAAAUAAAAUCCUAUUAAAAUAACAUAA